AUGCUCUGCAAGGCAAUCGUGACACUCUUUUUGCCACUACUGGUUCUCGGGCAAGACCUUCACAAACCUUUUCCAACAACACUCGGCCCGAAUGAUCCCUUCGAGGAGCCAAUCCCGACAACUCACGAAGUAUUGCAAUGCGUCCAGCCACACAAGCCCCUGUUUGGCGAAUUCGGUGCCGUCACCAGCAACCACCUACUCAAGGAGCACCCUGCCGAUCAGCAAUAUGCCCUAAAUGCAUGUAAGCAGGAACUUUUGCACCACAAGUCCGGUACAACCCCCCAAAGUGUAACUUUACAAGAGUCAUCUUGA